GUGGGAGCUAAAUUGUUAUACCUGUCAAUUCACGAUUUGAUAAAAGACAUGCUCGUAGACUAAGAUUUUUUGAAUCCAAUAUAGUGUGAUAGAAGAUUAUUAGAAGUGAAAUGUGAAUUUUUCGCAAUAACGAUCAUAUUAAAAUUAAUGCAAAUCAUUUAUUACGAAACAUAACUCCUUGUGCGCUAACCCCAACCGUAAUUAAUAAUUUCUAAUUAACUAGACAAACGAAUAAAACGCUUCGUAAUCACACACCAAGGAUAAAGACAGGGUCCAAAAAAUAAGGGGCAAAAAACUUGGUCAACUAAUCGAGAUUCGGUUGUGUUAGUUCUUAUUGUAAAUUCGUAUCCAAAAACUACAAGUGCGAACAAAGCGGUAAUAAUCCAGAAUAAUGGGUAAACAAAAUAGUAAACUCAAGCCUGAAGUAUUGGAGGAUCUGAAACAGAAUACGGAGUUUUCAGACGCAGAAAUACAAGAAUGGUACAAAGGAUUCCUGAAGGACUGUCCCAGUGGCCAUCUUUCCGUCGAAGAGUUCAAAAAGAUAUACGGGAAUUUUUUCCCUUACGGUGACGCUAGUAAGUUCGCAGAACACGUAUUCCGCACAUUCGAUGCGAACGGCGACGGGACUAUAGAUUUCAGAGAAUUCCUGUGUGCACUUAGUGUGACGUCGCGCGGCAAGCUGGAACAAAAGUUAAAGUGGGCAUUCUCCAUGUAUGACUUAGAUGGAAACGGAUACAUCUCAAGGCAGGAGAUGCUGGAAAUCGUCACUGCCAUUUACAAGAUGGUGGGCUCCGUUAUGAAGAUGCCGGAAGAUGAAUCUACCCCAGAGAAACGCACCGACAAAAUAUUCCGUCAGAUGGACAGGAACAAGGACGGAAAACUCUCCCUCGAGGAGUUCAUAGAAGGAGCCAAGAGCGACCCUUCUAUUGUACGGCUGCUCCAAUGUGAUCCCCAAUCUCAGUGAUAUACGAAAUAUUAAUAUCACCUUCGAGCAUUGAAUCACUCGAUCUAUCCACACGUAUGAACUUAUUGUAAUAUAAAAUCACCCUUGUUACUGUGCUUCUAAGAGCUAGUGCGCAAUGUGAGAGUUUGUUGCACAACCGGUCCGAACGGACGGCUGUCCUGCUGCUUGGUUGCCCUCUCGUUUUGAAUAUAUUAAUAUAAAUCGAUCGUCGCUAUCGAUACAAAAAGACAGAGACCAUUAGAUUAAUAGUGUAUCAAAAAUAUCGAUAAGUGUAGUUCACUUAGUGUCUGUUUACUUGUUCGAACAACGAUCGUGAUAAAGGGCUGUGAAUAAACAACGUUAUACAAAUUUCGUCGCUAUAUUACAAAAAAAAAUAUCCGUGUUCUCCUCACGACCCAUUUCGCUUGUACUGAAUAAGAUCGUGUCGAUCGACACGACCGGUGACAAUAGUAUGUCCCAUCUAUAUCGAAUGUAUAGAUCUGUUAAAUAAAUAAGGUGUUGAUUCAAAAUUUAAUUAGAGUUUUUAUAUUGUUGCAUAUGAUAAUUUUUAUGUGACCAAGCACCGGGACAACUGUGCAACUAACCAGUGUAAAAUGUUUUAUGAUUUAUAUUUUCCAAUGAUAUCUAGUUAGGUUAAACAACCUUUUCAACCCUUUAUCGUUUCGACCUUGUUCAAGCGGGCUGCCGAUCUAAAUUGUAGUUUUAUCAAAAACUCUUGUGAACGAUUGUGCCGCUAAUAAACUAUUGGGAUAAUCAACACAUUAUCCCAAUAGUAAAUUAUCAAUAGAUUAGAGAAUAACGCAAACUAGUGUGAAACCUCAGCCCGCUUAUAAUGUAACAUUUAAAUCUGUUAAAUAUAAUAUAUAUUUAUAUAUGUUUAAUGUAAAUGUUAGGAAAACGAUGUGGAUGUCAUUUGGAAUUCUGGUAAUCUCGAUUUCAUUUUUAGAUUCUGACUGUAAAUCUCGUAAUGCGACCAUUGAUCUAUUGAAAUUACUUUACUUAUAAUAUGUUACACUUAUAAAUAAAUUUAGCCUUAUACAAACAACUCAGCAGUGCAUUAUAGUAUAAGUAUUCACGCAUUUUUGCUGUACGAAAAAUAUUAUAUAUUAUUGUUAAGCAGUUUAAACUGCUAAUGCCUCAGUGCCAUACUGAUGCUUAUCAUCCAUCGAAACUAACGAAUAUUAUAUAUUUUUCAAUAACGUAAUAUUCGUGUCGAUUCCGUCAAGUAAACAACAUGCAGUAUUAUUGAGAUUAUAAAUAAAUAAAUAAAACUUCCCUCUUACCUAAACGAUACCCUGUCUAAUACUGGGAAGUGAAAUAGUACCAAGGUCUGAAACAUAGAUGUCGCAUUCGCGGUUGUGUUUCUUCGUCAACAGAUGUCGCCGUAACGUUGUUUUAUUUGAACAACGAACAUGCAGCAUUAACGCGUGUGUAGCUGUAUAUGAGGUACUUUAGAUGUACAACGCUGUCUUACCAGUGGUAGCUCCGGAAUCUGUACUAGUCAUAAGCACCUGUACACAUUUAUGUACAAAACUUCUUACAUACCUUUUUAUCAUAUAAUUUUUAUCCUUAUAUUUAUUGUAAUCGCAUUGCAAAGACAGAAUUAACUAGCACAAUUAAUAUUAUUAAAAUGAAGACAAUUUUACAUUAUUUUUACACAGAAACGACGCCAAUAAUUUUUUAUGGUAUACUAUUUUAUGAAUUUAAUAAUAGACGCUUUUCAAGUAUUUGAUAUUAUUUAAAUAUAAUUUUAUUGACAAUUGCUAUGUAAAAAUUGAUGUGACGAAUCAUUUAAGUAUUAUUUGGUUAUAGUUUUCGUUGCCUCACAUUAUGCCGGUCAUAAAGAGUAAUUCAAAAAAUAUUGCAGCAUAAAGACUACGUGCAAAAGAAUGAGUGAAUAUUGUAAAGUUAGUAAUCAUUUCAGUGCAUGUCUUUUUUAAAAUCUGAAGGUCUGUCUGUCAAUUUCUAAGAAAAAGGCUCCGCUUACGAGGAAACGCGGGAGACGAGAAAAUAGACGAUAGUUGAAAAAAAUAUAUUAUGUCAUGUGCAACCUUGAACCUUCCCGAAUACUUAAAAAUAAACCUCUGAGAAAAAAAUCAUAAUUUUGUAUUUCCCCUGUUUCCUUCUUCAAAACCGGACAGUAUUGAUAAUUAAAAAAAAAAAAAAUUAAGUGUCACGAUUGCUUUGAUUCUUCCUGAAAUUUUCGUAAUUUCUUAAGGAUUAUAGUUUUGUAUUAAUUUAAUACGAGAAUACAGCGACAUGGCGGCGAUAAAUAUAUUUACUAUAUUGUCAUUACGCAGCGAUGAAACAGCUGACUAAGUUUUUAGACUAAACUCAACCCGCGUUUCCUUUUAUUAUCGGGGGAACCGUAAGCUUGCCUCUUAAAAAUCUUCGGUACUAAUGAGAAAAGAAAAGAAAAGAAAGACUGUAAAGUACAAAAGCGUUUUGAUUUUCGAUGCCUCCAAUGAACACUAACUACUCUAACUCAAAAUUUGGAAAUUUUCGUUUUUCACGCAAAUCGCUUCACUAUUUUAAAAGUAUUACAAAUCAUUAUGAAUGGGGUUCGAAGCAAGAGUAAAUCAGCUAGUUACACAAGAAAAAACCAUAAAUAUAUCUGCAAUAAUAAAGAUUUUAUUAACUUUUUUCAUUUAAACGCUCCUCCUGUAAACCUACGAAUUAGCGUUAGCGUUAGGAGUUAGCGUAGUGUUCAUUGGAGGCAUCGUUUUGUUCUAUUUGAAAGUUAAAUAAAGGCCCAUAAAUAUAACGAAUCAAAUUCGCUUAAAGAAUUCUCAUUCGUCUUAACAGAUUUGUUAAUGUGUGAAUGGGCUUUACAAAACUUGUUUAUCAAAUAACGACAUGUAAUUAAAUUUUAAAUUAUACGGAUUUUUAUUGGUAAGCUUUUUCAUAUUGUUAGUUUUGCUAUUCAAUAAAUAACGAAUUGAAUUGAGCGCGACACGUAAACUCCGUUUUGCAUAGUCAUUUUUCAUGAUUGUAUUUUAUUAUUAUUUAUUUUUAUGUACUUGUCAGUAUUUGAGAUAUGAAUACGAUUAUCACAAAAGCUUAUAUUUGUUGAAUUGUAACACGCUAGACGUGAAGCUUUAUUUCAAUACGCAAUGCUAUAUUCUACGCUUGAUAAGAAAAUCUCGAAUAUUCAAAGACAUUAUACUGUCAUAGUUUUAUUUCUUUUACUAACGCAAAUUGUGUUUUAGGUAAACUUAAUGCUAGGCUUUAUAAUAAUUAUUAUCAUACUAAUAAUGUAUUUUUAAGCACGCUUUUAUUUCAUUAUUUUCCUUUUUAAUUCAUAAUUAUUUUAAUCGCUUUAUAUCGAUGUUUUAUUGAUGAUUGCUCUUUUUAUAUUACAUUGUGACAUUUAA